AGUGAUCCUUUGGAACAUUUUGCUAGUGCCAACGGAAAUCAACAAACAAACGUCAUCAUGGUCGACUGGACAGAUGCUGAGCGCAGUGCCAUCCUUGGUCUUUGGGGAAAGUUGAGCGCGGACGAGAUCGGACCCCAGGCCUUUGCCAGAUGUCUGAUCGUGUUUCCUUGGACUCAGAGGUACUUCAGCUCCUUCGGUAACCUGUCCACACCCGCUGCCAUCAUAGGUAACCCCAACGUGGCUAAGCAUGGGAGGACCGUGAUGCACGGUCUGGACAAAGCUAUUCAGAACCUGGAUGACAUCAAGAACACCUACGCUGCUCUCAGUGUGAAGCACUCCGAGAAACUGCACGUGGAUCCUGACAAUUUCAGGGUCCUCGCCGAAUGCAUCACCGUGUGCGUGGCCGCAAAACUCGGGCCCGCGGUUUUCAAUGCUGAUACUCAGGAAGCCUUCCAGAAGUUCCUGUCUGUCGUUGUCUCGGCUCUCGGCAGACAGUACCACUGAGCAGCAUUCCACAACAUCAAUAUGGAAGAGAGAUGAUACUCAAACGUCAGUCUAUUCGGCUGAAAGCGGUGCCAUAUCUACAAAUAUUGAAAUAAUAAAUAGAUUUUAAAAUUAAUGCUUGUCAAGUAUUGUAUGUUUUACGGUAAACGCUCUGUUGCAACAUUAAAAUGUUUUGCAUACGGCUUUUGAAAACCCACACCAUCAAGUAAUACUUCCGUAGUUUUGAUAGAGAUAUCGUGGAAUGUUUUGAGAUUCCAAUAAUGUUAAUAUACUUUUAUUUAUUCUGAGUUUCCAAAAGCGCGUGAAAUUCGUGCACAAAAUAUAUUUAAGUUUACCAUAUUAAACCUAAUCAUCCAUUUGCUUUUAGCGUUGAAGCAUCAUCCAGACCGUUUCUUUGGUAUGCGCAUACAACUCAGCUAAAUAAAUCUCUGAAACUGAACUUUUACCAAAAUAACUGUCUGGAUGAUGAGUGAACACUAAAAGCGAACAAUUCAACCGUUCCUAUCAUUAGGUUUGUAUGGAACUAAUAAACCGCGAUUACUUGGAGUAGGGGAUAGGUGUAACAUGGGUUAGUUGUAACACAUCCAAUUUCUCUAAUUUAGGAAUAAAUUACGAAUAAUCUGAUUCACCCUGCACAUGCUCAAUUUAAUCAUUUUUUCACAUGUGAAGAAGUAGCAAUGGCAGACACAACCAUUCUUCAAAGGAAGCGAAUUUUGAAAGUUUUUUUUUUUACCUCAUUAACUUUUUGUGAUAGUAUUGCCAUGUAUUGCUAUGUAAUAAAAUUCAUCAAAC